AUGGCGAUAGGUACUAAUGCAAACCAUCCAAUUGGAUACCGAUGGCGCUCGUCGAAGGGUCUCAUUAUCGCAUGUAUUGCAAUUGCUUUAUUCACAGAGAAUUUCCUGUUCACUUUCAUCGUACCCAUUCUCGAUUACAUGUUAGAAGAACGGCUCAAUGUUGAUCGGUCCAAUGCUCAACACGUUAUUUCUCUCGUGCUUUCCGUCCACGCUCUCGUUUGUGUUGUUGUUGGGCCCCUAACGGGGCAUAUAGCAGAUAGGAUAUCAUCACGAAAGGGUGCUUUGCUUGUGUCAUUGUCAUGCGAACUUGUCGGUACAAUAAUUGUUGCGGCGGCUCCUUCUGUUGCCAUUCUCAUCUGCGGCCGCAUUAUCCUUGCCAUCGGCGGAAAUGCAGCAUGGAUUAUCGGUCUAGCAACACUCGCCGACACAGUUGGUACAGAAAAUAGCGCUCAGACAUUAGGAACUAUAUCUGUCAUUUACAAUUCUGGUUUACUUCUCGGUCCCACGGUAUCCGGUUGGUUGCUGGGAUUGGCAGGUUACUGGCCGACCUGGAGUGCUGCAAUAGCCGUCCUCGUAGUGGAUAUGGCUAUGCGAUUGGUGAUCAUUGAGAAACCGAAAGAGCAGAAAGGUGGCAGAAAUACAGAGUCCGGAUCUGCGACUACAAAUGAGACCAAUGGGCCUGCGUCGUCUGAAAAUGCAGAUGUCGAAGCAACUGCCGCGGACGCUGGCACCAACAACUCUCUCGAUGAGACCACUCCUCUUCUGCAGCCCCCGACGGCAAAUACUGGAAAUAUACAGGAAUCUGCUUCGCGAGAAGACACAGUCCAGCAAACUGAUGGAUCCUUGAACUUUUAUCGUAUUGUCCUUUCUCACCCACGUGCUUUAACUGCUAUGGCAUGCCAUAUGACAAGUUCUCUUGUCGUAACCAGCCUAGACACCACGCUCCCUUUACAUGUGAUACGAGACUUCGAGUGGAACAUAGCCCAGACAAGUUUCAUGUUCCUCUUGAUUCAGCUUCCUCAGCUGGCUCUGGGAACAUAUACUGGCUGGUUGAAAGAUAGGCACGGAACGAAAGUCGCCACUGGAGUUGGGUAUUUGUUGACGGGGCUACUCCUGUGGCUUCUAGGUGCUCCUGGACAUGAUGGUUUCUCUUUCAUUGGUUCCGGCCAGAAGGGCCAGAUUAUCUACUCUUCCACACUUUUGGCCCUUGGCUUUGCGCGAAGUCUGACUAUCGGAACUGGUGUUAUUGAGAUCACGAGUGUGAUUAGGGAGAUACAAACGGAAAAACCAGGCAUAUUUGGUCCAAAUGGCGGAUAUUCUCGAGCCUAUUCCUUGACCAACUUUAGUUGGAACGUAGGUCUGCUCACGGGACCUCUCCUGUCGGGUUCACUUGUGCAAGCUGUUGGUUAUUACUAUAUGAACUUUAUAUUUGGUAUGUAA